CUGCAGCCUGGCCGUGCAGCUCUCAAAGGUGCGGGAGAGCGUCCUCAUCAUCUCCACCGACCCCGCACACAACAUCUCAGACGCCUUCGACCAGAAGUUCUCCAAGGUCCCCACCAAAGUCAAGGGCUAUGACAACCUCUUCGCCAUGGAGAUCGACCCCAGCCUGGGGGUGGCGGAGCUGCCUGACGAGUUCUUUGAGGAGGACAACAUGCUGAGCAUGGGCAAGAAGAUGAUGCAGGAAGCCAUGAGCGCCUUCCCCGGCAUCGACGAGGCCAUGAGCUACGCUGAGGUGAUGAGGCUGGUGAAGGGCAUGAAUUUCUCGGUGGUGGUCUUCGACACGGCGCCCACUGGCCACACGCUGCGGCUGCUCAACUUCCCCACCAUCGUGGAGCGAGGCCUGGGCCGCCUCAUGCAGAUCAAGAACCAGAUCAGCCCCUUCAUCUCCCAGAUGUGCAACAUGCUGGGUCUGGGGGACAUGAACGCCGACCAGCUGGCCUCCAAGCUGGAAGAGACACUGCCCGUCAUCCGCUCCGUCAGCGAGCAGUUCAAGGACCCGGAGCAGACGACAUUCAUCUGCGUGUGCAUCGCCGAGUUCCUCUCGCUCUACGAGACCGAGCGGCUGAUCCAGGAGCUGGCCAAGUGCCGCAUCGACACCCACAACAUCGUGGUGAACCAGCUCGUCUUCCCCGACCCCCAGCGUCCCUGCAAGAUGUGCGAGGCCCGGCACAAGAUCCAGGCCAAGUACCUCGACCAG